UUUAACCAGAUUUCUGGAAUUUUGAAUAAUCCAAUUUGUAGAUAACUAAAGUAGAACAAAUACAUUUAACAAAUGUGAGUUAUUUUGUCAAAACAGUUUAACAAGACAAAUAAAUAUAUAUGUGAAAUUUAAUUAUAAAUCAAUAAUCUGAAGAAUGUCCGGGAAAAUUCUGUUUAGAUGAAGUAAAUGUCAAAUUUAUUGAGCAUUGACUGUGACAUUGAGCCUUGCAUUGUUAGAAAAAUUGUUUAAAUAUGGUUAAUAAUAUUUUGGUCUGAUUAGUUUACAGCAUAUUUUUAUCUGUACUUUCCAAAUAUAUUUUAUACAACAAAAUACUCAUGUGUUGAUUUGGGUUUUUAUCUGGGAGUGUUUUUAGAGCAGGAACAGGUUAAUGUAAAUUAACAGAGCAAUGGAUCGGAGUUCACAUUAUGAUGGGCUGGAAAGCAAAUCUCAUUGGAUUGCUGGUGAUAUAACUCGAAAUGUAUUAGAAAUGAAUAAUGAAAACUUGGUUUUCCAACAAAAUGAUCUCUUUCCAUCAGCUUUUCCUAUUAUGGCUGAUAUAAGAAGGCAAGGAAAACUAUGUGAUGUUGUAUUGAAGGUGGAAGGACAGUUUUUCAGUGCUCAUAAGAUAGUAUUGGCAUCAACCAUUCCAUAUUUUCAAGCAAUGUUUAUGAAUGAUAUGAUUGAAUCUCGUAAUAAAGAAAUUGAAAUUAAAUGCAUUGAUGCUUUGGCCCUUGAAGCAUUGGUUAAUUUUGCCUACACAGGAAAAGUGACUCUAGAUAAAAAUAAUGUACAGAGUGUUAUGAUAGGAGCAUCUUAUUUACAAUUAAAUAAAGUCAGAGAUGCCUGUGCCAACUACUUAUUGCAAAGAAUUCACCCACAGAACGCAUUAGGAUUUAGACAUUUUGCAGAUUCAUUAGGCUGUUCCACACUGGCAGAUUCUGCAGAAAAAUAUAUCGAAUCAUAUUUCCAUGAAGUUUCCCAACAUGAGGAGUAUUUAAAUCUUUCUGUGACAGAAAUAAAAGAUAUGUUAACUAAAAAUGAUCUCAGAGUUGAAAGCGAAGAACAAGUUUUCGAAGCUUGUAUGAGAUGGGUGAAACAUGAUGUGGAAAUAAGAAAAGAUUUCUUGCCAGAAUUAUUGUCAUUAGUUAGAUUGCCAUUAUUAUCACCUCUGUACAUUACCGAUAGAGUUAGAAAUGAAGAACAAAUAAGGUAUUCCAUACAAUGCCGGGAUCUCGUAGAUGAAGCUUUAACAUUUCACUUAAUACCAGAACGACGAGCGCUGAUCCAGAGUUUUCGAACGGAACCAAGAGUGUGUGACAUUAAAGGUCACAUAUAUGUUGUCGGAGGCUUAAACAAACACGGGGACUCAUUAUCGACAGUCGAAUAUUAUGAUCCGAAGAAGGACAAAUGGAAUAUGGCACCUCCUAUGUCGAUGAUGAGGUCCAGAUUAGGAGUGGCUGUGAUAAAAAGUAAAUUGUUCGCUUUCGGAGGUUACAAUGGAAAGGACCGAUUAGCAAGUGUUGAAGUUUAUGAUGCGAUUAGGAAAGAAUGGGCGACUGUGGCGUCGAUGAUCUGUAAAAGAAGCGCCCUAGGAGCAACCGCAUUAGGUGACAUCAUAUAUGUAUGUGGCGGAUAUGAUGGUGUGACUUCGUUGAAUUCAGUGGAGAGAUACCAUCCAAGUACCAAUUCUUGGUGUUCUUUGGCACCAAUGAAUAAGUCGAGAAGUGCAGGUGCAGUCAUUGCUUGUCAAGGUUACAUAUACGCUUUAGGUGGCCACGAUGGCUUGUCAAUAUUUGAUUCAGUAGAGAGGUAUAACCCAGCAACUAAUACUUGGACGGAGGCUCCACCAAUGCUCACUAAAAGGUGUAGAUUGGGUGUGGCAAUGUUAGGUGGAAAAUUAUUCGCUUGUGGUGGAUACGAUGGAAGUUCAUUUCUUCAAACUGUGGAAAUGUUUGAUCCAGCCACUAAUAAGUGGGUAUACGUAGCGCCGAUGAACGCCCAAAGGAGUCGAGUAGCUCUAACAGCCAACAUGGGGAAACUAUGGGCAGUAGGUGGAUAUGAUGGUAUAUCUAAUCUUGUAACGGUAGAAGUAUAUGAUCCAAAGAGUGAUAAAUGGAUCUACGCAGCUGACAUGAUAGCACAUGAAGGUGGAGUCGGCUUAGGAGUGAUUUCCAUACCGUGAAAUAUAUAAUUUAAUGAAGCCAUAUUUUUACUAUCAUUAUUCAAAACGUAUUUUUUAAAUUUUUUUGUUUUACCGAUCUGUGAAUUAACAAAAUUUUAAAUUUUUAGUUACACUUUCAAAAGAUCUGCAAGAAUGUGUGUAAUAUUAAAUACCAUUUCUGCUCGUGACUAGUGUUGCCAGGUUCGAUUUGUUUUUAAUCGGUACAUAAGCAAAAAUAAAUCGGGAUUUAGGGUUGUAAAUCGGGACAAAUAAACAACAAUAGCCAAGUAAAUAAUCGUUUUGGAGUGUAAUUUUCAGUCAACUCGAAAUUGCAUGAAAAUCUGGUUUUAGUUAAAAGUUGAACUUGCACUGUUGGUUGCUUUUACUUGGGGGUGGCAGUUACAGAUACCCCUUCUCGGGGCUAAAAAAACGCGCGUUUAAAGUAAGUUUAAAAAUUGAUCAACUGACUAACUGUAAAAACUUUUGUUCUACAUAAUUUUUAAACUCAAUAAAACUUUAAAGUCAAUACUUUUCAAGUAAUUUUAUCGAAAAAAAUAUUGUUAACGAAAAUGUAGCUUUUAAAAAACACAAAAAAAAUGUAUGUUCAGAAAGUCUAUAAAACCGGUAAAAGCAAAGUUGUAGCUCAUCAAAAUAUUCUUAUUCGUCAAAUUCCAAAUCGAAUUUUUCAACUUGAAUUAACCAAAAAAAAUAAGCAAUUUUCGGGCAAAACCUAUUAAAAAUUUUUAAAGUGUUUAAAAAAAUCUUUAAUUUUGUUUUAUAUAAAAAUCUCUAGUAUUAAAACUAAGCGCGUUACGCUAAAAAUAAAGUUGGCCCCUUUUUUGUUAAAAAAAAAUCGUGAAAAUCUCCCCCUAUUUAGCACCGUAAAUAAAAUUAAUAGUUACCGCUUUACCAUAUAAUAUGUGUAUUGUUUAUACGAUCUGUAAGGUUUACCGGUUGGGAGUGCUUAGUUUUGAAAAAAAUUGGUUUUAUAGUAAAAAAAAUCUUAAAAAAAUGAAAAAUGCCCUUUUUCAAAAUAACUUAAAAGUAUUAGGGAUACAAAAAAUCUCAAGCAGUAAAAAGUAGGUAGGUUUUGCUUUUAAGAUUUAUUUUGUUUUUCUGUAAGACAAAAAUUUGUUAAAAUGUGGCUGUUCAUAUUUUGCAUACACUCGUGAUUAGUGACUCGUUCAGGCCCUUUCAAUUUUGUAAAAAAUACAUAAGUAAAGUAAAUUGUUUGUAAAGCGGUAAUGAUUAAUUUCAUUUGGGGUGCUAAAUAGGGGGAGAUUUGCACGAUUUUUUUACCAAAAAAAAAGGAGUCAACUUGAUUUUGAAUAUAACUCGCUUAGUUUUGAUGCUAGAAACUUUUUUAAAACAUAAAAAUAAAGCUUUAUUAAAAAAGUUUGAAUCGGUUUUUCCCGAAAAGUGCUCUAUUUCUUGGUUAUUUCACGUUGAAAUAUUUGAUUUGGAAUUUGACGAAUAAGAACGUAUUUUUCAUGAGCUACAACUUUGCUUUUGCUGGGUCUAUAAACUUAACGAGAUCACAAUUUUUUUCAUUUUUUUAUAUUAUGCUACAUUUUUGCUAAGCAUAUUUUCUUCGAUCAAAUCCUUACUUUUUGAGUUAUUUGUGAAAAUCGCCUGAAAACAUGAUUUUUUGUCGAAAAAUAAACAUUUUUAAUCGUAAAUAACUCGAAAAGUAUUAACUAAGUUAAAAUUCGAUAGAACUAAAAUUGCUUAAAAUUAGUUAAUUUAUCCAUCUCCGGACUUAUUUUAAACGCGCGGCUUUUCACCCCAAAGUAGGAGUGACUGUCACCCCCGAGUAAAAGCAACCAACGGCACAAUCCGUCCAAAUUUUCAUGCAAUUCGGAGUUGAUCCUGAAAAUUACACGGUAUUGCCGUAUUUCCCGUUCAUUUACUGGACUACAAGGUGUUUCUAUAAUAUGUAUUUAAUCCUAUUCUUUUUCUCAUGAUCAUCUUUCAGUGCGUCACAGUUUUUCGAUUUCUCUCUAACGCAUUAAAUUGUAUGUGACAGAAAAAAAGGCACGUCUGGGAAUACUUCGGUAAUUAUUCUAGUUCGGUGAUUAUUCUAGUUGUCGAUAGAUGGCGCCAUAAUCAAAAAAGAAUUAUUUAUUAAAUAAAAUAAUAAUAUUAUCAAUAUAAUCUGUACAAUUUAUAAGACUAUACAAAUGAAAGAAAAUACCAUUUUAUAAAUGCAAUAGACACAAUUGAUUUGGUUUUAUUCCAAAUUGAAAAUAAAAUUUGACAACUGUCAGAUUUAACUAAAAUGUCACGUUAGAAUAAAUGUCAUAAAUAUGUAUUAUCACGGACUUACCUUUUUUUCUAUAAUUUGUGACGCACUGAAAAAUGUUCAUGAAAAGGAGAAUACAUAAUAUUUAAUAAUAAUCAGACGUAGAUUAAGUAAAUUAUUUAUUUUUUUAUUAAAAUUAUAUUUUUCAUUCGAUUUUGCCGGUUUUAGGCAAUGUUUUUAUAACAUAGUUAUAAAAUUCACUGCAAGUCCUGAAAUUGGUUUUCGUGGGUGAAAAUCGGGACAUUUAGUGUCCCGAUCAGGUACAAAUCGGUACGCGUCCCCAAACCCCUGAAAAUCGGGACGUCCCGCGCAAAUCGGGACACCUGGUAACGCUACUCGUGACAGUUUUUGAAGUGUUGUUAAAGGGUCCCCUGAUAAAGGUUUUAUAUAGUUAUAACAAAAUACCUAACACAAUACUAGUUUCCGAUGUUUUGGAAACUUCUUCUUAAACAUGAUUUUAACUUUAACUUUUUUAAUUAAAAAUAAUCUAUUAAUACCUGAAAAUAACCUGGAAACAAAUCAAUGAGAUAAUUAUUAGAGUACCUAUUACUUGGAAAGGGCAUGUCUUCGAGAUCAUUGGACUACAGGGUGUUAGUAAAUGAGUAUGAAAAACGUUAAAGGGUAAUUCUACAUGGAAAAAUAAUGACAGUUUGCUCUAUAAACGUAUGUCUGCAAAUGCUUCAUUUCCAAGAUACGGGGCGUUGAAUUUUUGUUUUCAAACUGCGAAUUUUUUUAUUGCUGUAAGACCUUUUAAGGGCACCCGAAGUCCCAUUUAACGACAAUGUUAACAUUAUGUAACAUAGCUCUGUAACCAAAGCACUUAGAGAGCAAAUUUUUGAUUUAUUUUGAAGCUAGAUGUAUUGUUUAGUCCCGCGUAGAUUUCUGUAAAGUUAGAGUGAAAGAAACGUAUAUUUUAAAUUUUUUUAAAAUACUCUUACAAAAAAACCCAAAAAAGUUUAGAUUUUAUUUUUUAUUUGACUUAUUUUUGCACAUUUUUCAAUAAAACUUUAAGCGGGACUGAUAUUAUCUAUCUACAACUACUGUAAAAAUUUGGACCUUCUAUCAUCUAACGAUCCAGAGAUAUUUGACAUCAAAAUUUAAAAACCUAGUAUUCGGGAAAUCGCAAAAACAUAAAACCCUCUAAUAGACUAUAAAGCUACCGGUACACGGUAAGUUGAGUGCAGACGUUCAAAAAACAAAUAAUUUUGUAACCAUGGAUAUUUUCUACUAUAAUGUGUUAUAUAUCGUUGAAAAGAGAAGAUUUCAGAGAAUAAUUUUUUCAUAAUAGGUUCUUUUUCAUAAAUUAAACGUGGAAUACAAAAAUAAUUUUUAAUUUGAAAUAUCUCAGUGGCGUACCAUUUUUUUUCUUUAAAAAAGUUCAGACCAUUACCCGUAGGCGCGCCAAUGAUGAUAAUAAAAUUGUUAUUUGUUGGCCAACAAAUGCGCAAUAACUACCUCUUGAAACUCACAAAAUGUAAUUUUCAUAUCUCAACCGGUCUUAGAACAAUAAAACAAUUGGCAGUUUGAAAUAAAAAUUUCAACACCCUGUAUCUCGGAAACAAAGCAUUUGCGGACAUACGUUUAUAGAGCAAACUGCCAUUAUUUUUUUUAUGUAGAAUUAUCCCUUAAAGUUUUUCAUACUUAUUUACUAACACCCUGUAUAUGCGCUAUGAGAAAGUGCAUCAAAAACAGAAAAUAUUCUAUGAAACCCUAUCUGAAACUAUAAAUAGCCGCAAAGAAAUUGUGGUGUUGGGAGAUUUUAAUGCUUGGACAGGGAAAAAAAUAAGUGACAAAAUCGUAGGAAAAUACGGGGACGAUAUAACAAAUAAAAAUUGAUAACACUCUAAUAACAUAAAAACGUACAUAAAUAAACCCGGGUCCAACCAACGAGAAACAUUACGGGGAACGCAGCAAAAUGCAAAAUUUUGACGCAUGUCAAAAUUUUCAAUGUGUUUUAAAUGUAAUCAUUUUUUUUUUCGAAUCCUGAGAAAACUAAUAAGUAUUUUUGAAAAAUUUAAACGCAUAGUGAAAGACUGCUUUAUUACCGAGGGCCGAAAGUCCCUUAGAAUAAAUAAAAAAUUCUUUUGAAUGAAAUAUUUGUAAUUAAAAAUCACACUAAAUUUUCUCUUUUAUUUUCAUCCCUGUAACGUAUUCAAAUAAACAUUAUACAAGUUUUCAGGGACUUUAAGCCCUCGGUAAUAAUGUAAUCUUUCAUUCUGCGUUUAAAUUCUUCAAAAAUAAAUAGUUUUUUCAGAAUUCGAAAAAAUGAUUACAUUUAAAACACAUUGAAAAUUUUGACAUGCGUCAAAAUUUUGCAUUUUGUUCCGUUCCCCUUAAGUCAAUUAUAGAUUAUGUUAUAAUAAAAUGAGAAAAACCAGAAAGCCAACAAAUUCAAAUGUGAACUUACAAUCAACUGAAACUUUCAAAUACUUGUGCGUCCAAGUAACAUAAAAAAACAGGGAGUAAUGAAGAAUAUAUUGCAGGAUUAGCCAAGCAAGAUCAGCCAUUAGGCAUUUGCAUCAUGGAGUAAUAAAAUAACAAAAGAAAAGAAAAAAGUAUAAAACAAUAAUAGAAAGGAUUGUACAGCGACUAAUUCUCGAAAAUAAUUAGAAGAAACAAAUCAAAAAUUGAGGCUCGAAGAACGAAAAUAUUCGGGGAUAAAUGGCAAUUAGUCUAGACAUAAUAGACACAAUUGAAGUCAAAAUACUAAACUGGUAUGGAUACCUGCAGAGAAUGACUGAAAAUAGAUGACCAAAAAGGAAGACCAAGACGGUCCUGGAGAAAAGAUGUCGGAGGACGUCCUCGCAUCUGGACGGCGCAGUUGUAGAACACUGUUUUUUAAUUUCCACAGAAUAUCGCCCACUUAACAUGCUCACUGAAAGAUCAGCUUGCUAAGAACAGUUUUAAACCAUUCUAUUGUGUAAACAGUUUGUACGUAUAUAUAGAUUGUUGUGUUAUUAUGUUUUGUUUAACAGAAACAUGCAUUCCUAUCAAAUAAUUGCCAAUAUUUUUUAUUAAUUGUGCCUUACCCUCAAAGAGUCGUUGGCAUAGUAGUCUGGGCAUAUUAUCGGAAAAGAGGCCAUUUUUGGGAAAAGUUAUUUACCAGCAAUUUUAUUGCUGGAAUCGAAUCUUAUAAUUCUAUAUAUUAAUAAUAUAUCUAUGCAAAGUCCGCAGGUAGUGUGCUACUUUUUUUUAUAAACAAAAAGGCGCCCCCAAAUCGGGUUUUGUUUUCAAUUAUUGCUCUAUAACUUCAUAGAUUUUAACUUUACACCAAAAACACCCAAAUAAAAAUUUACCAUAAUUAAAUUCUGCAUAGACAUGUUUUUCUCGAUUUACUUAGACGAAAAUUUUUUUCGAAAAAUCCGGUUUUCUCCAACAAAAUCUUUAAUUUUCAGCUAAAAUUUUAGGUAAGUAAGUAAUUAUUUAUCAAUAAUUAAAUAACUUGGUCUUAUAAAGCCCUUUUGGUAUAAACUAUUUAUAUCCAGAAGCCGAUGGAAAUUGAAUGAACAGUUUAGCAAAAAUGAAUUUGUUAAUUAUCAAUUUACGGUCGCUAUAAUAACCAUAAUAAUUAUGAUAUAUAAGAAUAACUAUGAUUUUUGUAUAAAAAGGCACUAUACCUAUCUAAUAUACUUUACAGAAUUGAAAUUGGACUAUUUAAGCGCCCUCAGGAAUAUUUUAAAAUUAUAAAAAAUUGUUUUGCUUAUAAACAAAUAGAAUAUUUUGGCAACUGUUAAAUUAAAUUAUGAAAACGAUAUUGAAAAGAACGUGGCAUGACGCUUCUUUUAAAAGAAAAAACGUUUAAUUGCGAUGAGUGGUUCCUGAGAUACAACCCGUCAAAGUUCACCGGCAUGUACGGCGAUGAUAUAAACAAUAGGAUGAUAAGUUUCGAACCAUCGCUUUUUUAUUUCGGUCCUCUUUCUCCACACAAAUUUUCAUAUCUUUAAAAGAAACAUAACAUAUAAUAUAAUAAUAAAAACUAUCCAUAUUACGAGUAAAAAAUACCAAAAUUCCAAUCAAAAAUUAGGUUGGAGAAAAUGGAAUCUCAAAGUUCAAAAUCAAUAUACGUUAAAAAAAAUGCAUUUUCUCAGCUUCCCAUGGAGCAAUUUUCUUAAUUUUUUUUGGUUCCCAAGUAACAUGAGUCGAGACAUCUAGCUAACGCAUUAUUAGUCAAAGUUGCUUUUGUUUUGUUAUAAUAAAUUUAUUUAUUUAUAAGAACAUAAAACUACAUAUUUUUCCAGUUAUAGACUUUUUUUAUAUAAAUUUACCAUAAGUUUACCUUUUAACGUUUGAAAUACAAAUAUUCUCAUUUAAAAGCUGUAUAAUUAUUUAAACAAUCUUGUUUUAAAUAAAUUAAAAGUUGUGUUAUAAUAAAUAAUUUAUUUAUUAUAACAAGACAAAAGCAACUUUGACAUUUAGUAAUGUGUUAGUUAGGUGGCUCUACCCGAGUUACUUGGGAACAAAAAAAAAUGAAGAAAAUUGCUCAAUGGGAAGCUGAGAAAAUGCAUUUUUUUAACGUAUACUGAUUUUGAACUUUGUGAUUCCAUUUUCUCCAACCUGAUUUUUGAUUUAAAUUUUGGUAUUUUUCACUCGUACCGAUGGUCUUUAAUUUCUACCGAUGGGUUUUUAUUAAUAUAAUAUAUGUUAUGAGUCUUUUAAAGAUAUGAAAAUUUGUGUGGAGAAAGAGUACCGAAAUAAAAAGGUAAUAUUUCAAAAAUUGCCAUCCUAUUAUUUAUAUCUUCGCCGUACAUGCCGGUCAACUUUGACCGGUUGUAUGUCAGGAACCACUCAUCGCAAUUAAACGUUUUUUCUUUUAAAAGAAGCGUCCUGCCGCGUUCUCUCCAAUACCGUUUUUAUAAUUUAAUUUAAUAGUUGGCGAGAUAUUCUAUUUGUUUAUAAGCCAAAAAAUUGAUUAUAAUUUUAAAAUAGUCCUGAGGCCGCUUAUAUAGUCCAAUUUCAAUUCCGUAAAGUACAUUAGAUAGAGUGCCUUUUUAUACAAGAAUCAUAGUUAAUCUUAUGUAUCAUAAUUAUUAUGGUUAUUAUAGCGACCGUAAAUUUUUAAUUAAUAAUAUAAUUGUUGCUAAAGUGUUCAUUCAAUUUCCAUCGACUUACCAUCGACAAUAUAAUCUAUACCAAAAGGGAUUUUAUGUCACCAAGUUAUUUAAUCAUUGAUAAAUAAUUACUUACCUAAAAUUUUAGUUGAAAAUUAAAGAUUUUGUUGGAAAAUUUUCUUCGAAGUAAAUCGGGAAAACCUGUCUCUAUGCAGAAUUUAAUUACAGUGAAAUUUUAUUUGGGCGUUUUUGGUGUAAAGUUAAAAUUUUUGAAGUUAUAGAGCAAUAAUUAAAAAAAAACACAAUUUGGGGGCGCCAUUAAUAUAUAUAUAUAUAUAUAUAUAUAUAUAUAUAUAUAUAUAUAUAUAUAUAUAUAUAUAUAUAUAUAUAUAGUAAAUUUAAAAUCAAGAUGCAGAAGAAAUAAACAAACCAAGACACGGUAAAUGCUACUAGGAGCACUCCCGAAUCAUAAUUUACAAUGUAUAAACUUUGGAAAUCAUGAUUUGGGAUUUCCAAAGUUUAUACAUUGUAAAUUAUGAUUUGGGAGUGCUCCUAGUAGCAUUUAACGUGUCUUGGGUUUGUUUAUCACUAGUGCAUCUUGAUUGUAAAUUUAGUAUAGAAUCAUAAGAUUCGAUUCAAGCAAUAAAAUUGCUGGUAAAUAACUUUUCUUUGUAUUUUGCUAUUUAGCCCAGAGUAUAGUAGAAUUUUAGGGUUAUACCAUUUAUUUAGUACAUUUAUGCAGUAUACGUAUGAUCAUUUUUUAUAUUAUAUAUUAUUUAUCACCGUGCCUUUAAAGUAUUUUGCAAUUAUUUAUAUUGAAGUCAACUUCAUCUAGUUCUCCACGCCUAUAUCUUUCAGGUCUCCUGCUAUAUUAUCUCGCCACCGGAGUCCGCGUGGUCUUCUUCCAGUUGGGACUUCCUCCCAUACUAGCCUUACUGUUCUUUGGUCAGAAUAUCUUCUGAGGUGUCCUGCCUAUCAGAGUCUUCUGGACUUUAUUUCUUUUAUUAUGUUGGCGUCUGGGUAUAGUUCUUAGAGCUCUUUGACCAGCUGCUUCAAGCACAGGCCCAAAGAUUUCUUCCUUAUGAUUUUUCUUUCCAAACGUAGUUUCUUUUCGUUUGUUUUUGUUAUCGUCCACGUUUCGCUGUCAUGCAUCAUUACGGGUCGUAUGAUUGUUUCAUAUAGUUGUAUCGUUUUUUUCUUUGUUUCGAUUUUAUAAGGUUUUGAAGGACCUUGUCUUCAGUUAUUGUUGUUCCAAGAUACUUAAAUUUUCUAACGCGCUCAUCGAUGGUGAAGUUCUGACCGAUCCUGCCUCUGAUUUGGUUAUUGCGGCUCAUAUACAUAUAUUUCGCUUUACUUUCAUUGAUUAGGAGCUCCAUCUUCUCUGCUUCCCUCUGGAAUCUGACGAAAGACUCCAUCAUUAAUCUGGUAUUUCCUAUUAGAACGAUAUCGUCUGCAAAUGCAGAACAAACAGUAAGUUUGGUCCUUCUCGAUGAAAUACUGUAGUCGGUUUUUCGAUUCUUGCACUUAUGAUGUGUUCCAGAGCUAAGUUGAAGAGUUCAUGCGAGGAUACUCCAGUAAAAUGUAUAAUCACACAAAAUAAAUGAAGUCUAUGGUUUUCCAUGGAAAAUAUGGUUUUCCAAUAAAAUUAAGAUGUCGACCAUAGCUAUGAUAGAGGAGAUAUGGAAUCUGUUUAGCAAAGAUGAUUAUAAAGACGUUUUAAAAAAAUUACCUCUUAUUUAUGAGCUACGUUAUGUUAUAAUAUUUUAUUUAUUUCCUAUUAUACUCAUUUCUUAUUUGGAAUAAAGUAAUUUUUUACCGUUCAAACUUCUUCAUAAUAUAAGCUUUAAGUCAUUACUAUAAUAGUUUUUUUUUUAAUUUUUUGGAUAUGUAGAAAGUGCAGUUCCAAAUCAAUUUAAAGACUACGUUUUACAGAAUUGACAGUAUUGUGAUUAUAUAAUAUAAAUUUAUAUUGUAAGUUAUAUUAAAAUAUAUAAUUUAUAAACUUUUUUUAAAUUACAAUAAAUUCAAAUUUCAACCUC